AUGCAACCUUUCGGGGGAACGGGCGGCGACAGCGCCAUAAUAAUGCAGGAGCUACGUCACAGGGUCCAGAACCUGGAACGACAACUGGCCGACCAGGAGCGUGACGGACGAACCACCGAUCCCAGCUACACCCCAUCCCCUGAAAGCCAAGAGAGAGACUCCCACCGAAGCCGCCAACGACGCACCUCCGCAUCCCGAACGGAAGCGGAGAGCACCCGUGAAGAGUCCCCGAUCCCGAGAAGACGAAAUGACACGAUCAUCUACUCCCGAGGCAGGGAAACGCGCCGCACGGCACGAGAUCGCGAAGACGGGGAAGGGAGGUCCGGGAGGACACGACAACUUGUGAUAAUGGGCGUCACCCCAUUCCACCGAUCCAUCCUCGAAGUCCGGUUGCCGAAACACUUCGACAAACCAACGGACAUGAGGUACGAUGGAACUCAAGACCCUCUAGAACACCUCACGGCCUUCGAAGCAAGGAUGAAUCUAGAGGGAGUAGGGGACGAGGUGAGGUGCCGAGCCUUCCCGGUAACCCUAGCGGGACCCGCGAUCAGGUGGUUUAACGGCCUCCCGCAGGGAUCCAUCUACGGUUUCUCGGACAUCAGUCAUGCAUUCCUGGCCCAGUUUACAACACGAAUAGCAAAGGCAAAGCACCCGAUUAACCUUCUGGGGAUAACCCAGAGACAGGGAGAGCCGACCAGAAAGUACCUGGAUCGGUUCAACGACGAAUGCUUGGAAAUCGACGGCCUAACCGAUUCGGUGGCCAGCCUUUGCCUGACAAACGGCCUCCUCAACGAGAACUUUCGAAAACACCUUACCACGAAACCACCCCGACCACUCAAGGACCGCACGGGAGGAAACAAGAACCUCUAUUGUGACUACCACAAAGGCUACGGUCACCAAACACAGGACUGCUUUGACCUGAAGGAUGCACUAGAACAAGCGAUAAGGGAAGGUAAGCUAGCAGCAUUCUCCCAUCUUAUCAGGGAGCCGAGGAGGCGUUAUCGCGACCAAGACGAAGAAGGCAAAACCCGUUCGUCAAAGCGGCGACAAGAGCCAGAAGACAGAGAUCACGGCCUCACUGUGAUAAACGUGGUGACGGCCAAAAAUGCCGUGCCAAGAUCCCGAUCGACGCACAAGAAAGAUGCUAAGGUCUUGGCGAUCUCCUCCUCGUUGGUGCGAAACUCUAAGAAGCCUCCAUCCAUUUCUUUAGGCCCAGAAGACCAAUGGUUCGACGACGCCCCAGAAAACCCACCCAUGGUCAUCACGGCCAGAGUGGGAACCGGUCUCGUCAAACGCAUCCUUGUCGACACAGGGGCCGACUCGAACAUCAUGUUCCGCAACGUAUUUGACGCACUGGGACUAAGGGACGCUGAUCUGACGACUCACCAGCACGGGGUCAUUGGAUUGGGCGACCACUUCAUCAAACCGGAUGGAGUAAUAUUCCUGCCGAUCUCGGUGGGACAGACUCAAGACCGAAGAUCGGCGAUGGCCGAGUUCGUGAUCCUCCGAGAUUCCACCGCCUAUAAUAUCAUCUUGGGAAGGAAGACGAUUAACGAUGUUGAAGCGAUAAUCAACACGAAGCUGCUAGUCAUGAAGUUCGUUACCGAUGACGGAUCUAUAGGGUCCAUAAGAGGAGACCUUGAGACGGCAGUCGCUUGCGACAAUGCCAGCCUCUCCCUUAGGAAGAAAUCCAAAGAGGCGUCCGGUGUGUUCCUAGCCGACCUGGAUGCCAGAGUAGACGACAAACCCAGACCGGAACCAGAAGGGGACCUGGAAAAAUUCAUGAUUGGCGACACGGAGGAAAAAUUCACGUUCAUCAACAAGAACCUCCCGCAUGAGUUGAAGGAGCGCUUGGUCGAAAUGAUAAGGGCCAAUAGGGAUUUGUUCGCCUGGACACCGGCCGACAUGCCGGGUAUAGACCCAAAAAUUAUGUCGCACCAUCUGGCCGUCAAGCCGGAAGCACGCCCGAUAGCCCAACGGAGGAGAAAGAUGUCGACGGAGAGGACAGAGGAGGUGGCCAGGCAGACGGCCUGCCUCCUAGAAGCAGGUUUUAUACGAGAAGUAGACUACUCGACGUGGCUCUCGAAUGUAGUUCUAGUGAAAAAACACAACGGCAAGUGGAGAAUGUGCGUAGACUACUCUGACCUUAACAAAGCAUGCCCUAAGGAUUGCUUCCCCCUCCCUAACAUAGACGCACUCGUCGAUGCUGCGGCGGGCUACCGUUAUCUAAGCUUCAUGGACGCCUACUCCGGUUACAACCAGAUACCGAUGCACCGUCCAGACGAAGACAAGACCGCGUUCAUAACGCCGGGGGGAACCUUCUGCUAUAAGGUGAUGCCAUUCGGCCUAAAAAAUGUAGGGGCAACAUACCAAAGGUUAAUGAACAGGAUAUUCCACGACCUCAUAGGCAAGACAGUUGAAGUCUAUGUGGACGACAUCCUCGCGAAAACAACGCGACCCGACGACCUCUUGAAUGAUCUGGCAACUGUAUUCGCGUCUCUCCGACAACACGGCAUGAGGCUGAAUCCCCUCAAAUGUGCCUUUGCCGUGGAAGCUAGAAAAUUCCUGGGAUUCAUGAUAACUCAGAGAGGGGUAGAAGCCAACUCGGAGAAAUGCCAAGCGAUACUACAGAUGAAGAGCCCGGGUUGUAUCAAGGACGUCCAAAGGUUGGCAGGGCGGCUGACCUCAUUAUCCCAGUUUCUCGGUGCAUCGGCAACAAAGGCCUUACCAUUCUUUAACCUCAUGAAGAAAGGGAUAGCGUUCGAGUGGACACCCGCAUGCGAAGAAGCCUUUCGGCACUUCAAGAAAAUCCUGGCGGCACCCCUGGUCCUCGGGAAGCCGAAGGAUGGGGAGCCAUUAUACCUGUACCUCGCCAUAACAGGAGAAGCCCUGGCCGCAGUUCUGGUGCGAGAAGAAGAGAGGGCUCAACAACCAGUCUAUUUCGUAAGCAGAGCCCUGCAAGGGGCAGAAUUAAGGUACAACAAACUGGAAAAGCUAGCUCUAGCACUCUUGACCUCCUCACGGAGGUUAAAGCAAUACUUCCAAGGUCACCAAGUUGUCGUAAGAACGGACCAGGGAAUCCGGCAAGUACUUCAAAAACCCGACUUGGCGGGAAGGAUGAUGACUUGGUCCAUUGAACUUUCCCAAUACGACAUACGAUACGAGCCCCGGCAAGCCAUCAAGGCGCAAGCGAUGGCAGAUUUUCUAGUAGAAGUAACGGGGGAUCCGACCGAAGAAACGAGCACACGGUGGAAGCUCCACGUGGACGGAGCCUCCAACCAAACGUUUGGGGGCGCCAGGAUUAUCCUGGAAAGCCCGGUUGGAGUUGUAUACGAGCAGUCGAUUAGGUUCGAAUUCCCCAUUUUGAACAACCAUGCAGAAUACGAAGCUCUUAUAGGGGGCUUAACCCUAGCAGCGGAAGUCGGAGCAACAAUGUUGGAAAUAUGCAGCGAUUCUCAGGUCGUCACCUCCCAGGUAAACGGGAGCUAUCAAGCCAAAGACUCGUUAUUACAAAAGUACUUGGAAAAAGUCAGGAACUUAAGCCAAAAAUUUGAGGAGGUCACGGUCCACCACGUGCCAAGAGAAAGGAACACACGGGCAGACCUCCUAUCAAAACUGGCCAGCACCAAACCGGGAGAAGGCAACCGGUCUCUCAUCCAAGGUAUGACGAGGGAGCCGGCAGUCACCUUGCAUUUGGCAAGGCUGGGCUCUUCAUGGCUAGACCCCAUCACCAACUUCUUAGAAAAUGGCAAACUCCCUGACGAUGAAAAGGACGCCGUGAAACUGAGAAGGGAAGCAGCUAAAUAUGCAGUCAUUCAAGGACAGCUAUUCAAGAAAGGGUUCAACCGGCCCCUACUGAAGUGCUUACAUCCCGACGAAACGGACUACAUCCUCAGGGAACUCCAUGAAGGCUGCUGCGGACACCACAUAGGAGGCAAAGCCCUAGCAAGAAAACUAAUUCGAGCUGGAUACUAUUGGCCGUCAAUGAUGGCAGACUCCAAGGAGUUCGUCAAAAAAUGUGUCAAGUGUCAAGAGAACGCCAAUUUCCACAGGGCGCCGGCCUCCGAGUUAAGCCUGUUAACGUCCUCCCGACCAUUCUCGCAAUGGGGAGUCGACCUCUUGGGGCCAUUCCCAGUCGGUCCCGGGCAAGUCAAGUACCUCAUAGUCACCAUUGACUACUACACCAAAUGGAUAGAGGCCGAGCCGCUGGCCAGCAUAUCCUCAUCCAAUUGCAGGAAAUUCAUGUGGAGGCAGGUGAUAACACGAUUCGGGAUUCCAGAAGUUGUCAUCUCGGACAACGGCACACAAUUCACCGACAAGAAGUUCACGGAAUUCCUCACCGGCCUGGGCAUAAGACAGAAGUUUUUCUCGGUAGAGCACCCCCAAACAAACAGACAAGUGGAGUCCGCGAACAAGAUCAUCCUACUAGGACUCAAGAAGCGAUUGGAUAACAAAAAGGGUGCUUGGGCCGACGAGCUAGCCUCGGUGCUCUGGUCUUACCGAACAACUGAACAGUCCUCCACCAAGGAAACUCCUUUCCGACUAACAUACGGGUUAGACGCGGUGAUACCCGUGGAAAUUGGGGAACCGAGCCCCCGGCUACUUUUGAAAGGAGUAGAGGAAGCCGUGGAGAAAGACCUAAUAGAUGAAGCCAGAGAAAUGGCCCAUUUGACAGAGACGGCGCUGAAACAAAGAAUGGCCCUACGCUACAACACCAAAGUGCUCAAAAGGGAAUUCGAGCCGAACGAUCUCGUCCUAAGGCGUAACGACAUCGGCCCACCGACCCCAGGAGCAGACAACCCGCUCCACAAGCGAAUUCAUUACAACUCGACAACGAUGCGCGGCACCGGGACUGAUCACCCCGGGAGCCCAUCAACUGCCGCAAUAGCAAAUGGCUACACUAAAAAGCCACGACCCGAUAAUAUAAACGACAGCUAUAAACCAAUAACGGUUAAUAGAAAUGAUAACACGACAAGGCGAAUAAGAAAGUAUUAA